AUGAAGCCAUCUUCCGGUAGAAAUUUACGAGCGAAAUAUCAAUCUUGAAAGGUCCCAGAAAAUUAUUUUGUUAAGAAUUGUUUGAAAUCGUGUUAUUUCUGAGGGCAAUGAACAGUAGUAGUACCACUACUGGAGAAAAUCCCAGUGAGGAUCCAUCACAUGAUAAUACCUCGUCGGCACCGCUAUCUACCACUUUACCAAUACCUAGUCAGACGAGUCACGGUCAUAUCCUAUCACAACAUACAGAUCAUAUCAAAUCUGCAAAGAAUGUUCGUACGAUAGCCCCGGCACCUGCCCCUACAGGUAUAUUACAUCCAGGUAGUGGUGCAAAUCACAAUACACCUGCAGUCGGAAUGUCGGCUACGGCGUCAGGUUUACUCUCACAGUCAUUUAGAACUCCUCAAAAAGGGACCACUGAGUCAAGUCAUGUUAGUAAUAUUGGUUCUGGAUUAGUUGUCGGACCUCACCAGGUACCAGUCUCGAUACCCCAGUCUAACCUUGUACAGAUGACGCCAGUAAUAUCAACACAGACAGUGGCUCCCUCUGUAAUCGCCACGUCUUUACCAGUCAAAUUAAUCCAACAACAACCUUCCAAGUUUCCUUCACAUUUACCCAGAGGUCCAGUAGCUGCCUCUGCUUUAUCACUGACAAAAACGGGCCCAACAAUGGCUGCUGGUUCUGCCAUGUUACGUCCAUCACAAGCAGUUCAGAUUCCCAUGUCAACAGCACAAGUAAUACCAACCCUUUUACAAACAAACAGACCUUCGUUAAUUUCUAAUAUUAAGCCUGGAACUCCCCCAGUUGUACGCUCAGCUACACCAUCUAUAGGUAUCUCCAUGCCAACUGGAAAACUUGCAGAACAACUUAGGCCUAAUUAUCAAUUUCACCCUGGCUCAGUGACACCUGUUUCUAAUACAGGAAUUCAGAUUACUCUACGUAACACAGAAUCGACAGCUAAACCUAUUAUAGCACAUACUGGUCACAAUCUAACGAAACCCGUACAGUUAUCACAACAACAGCAUCCAGUCAUACCACAGUCAAAAAUAAUAGUAUCUCAGUCGAAUAAUCCCAUGAUAGCUUCAUCAUUAGUCAAUGCAACAAAAACAGCAAAAAUAACUGCUCCAAGAGCCCCACCAGUUCAAACCUUGUUACCGUCAUCUGUGACAGAAGUAAGUCGUUCCGAUCAGACGUCACAUCAUACGUCGAGUGGUAUGUUUUUCCCCAAUCAACAUCGUGGAAUUGUAACAACGUCUAGUUCUGUGUCUGUACCAGUCACGAUAUCCCAAUCAGUUCAUCAAACAGAUUCAAGACAUGACAACAGACCGAAUAUUUCUACUCUCCCGUAUGAAUCGUCAGUGUAUAACAUGUAUAAUUCUCACCUGCCCAAUUAUUUGAUGUAUCAUAAUGUUCAAAAUGCUGGAUCUUUACCGCCAAGUGCUGUACGUCCUGCUGGUAUCAAUUUUCUACUAUCCAGUCCUCGAACUAAUUUAGAGCAAUCAGUUACAGUGACAAAUCCAGUACCUAAUUUAUCAGCACCGUUGCAGAAUCAUCCAAUGACAAUGGCGUCCUCAUCGACUGUGCGAUUUAAUCCUAUUAUGAUUGACCAGAAUCGUCACACGUUACCAGUAGCAUCAUACAGUUCAUCUUCAUCAUCUAUAUCCUCAUCUCUAGAAAAAACAGGUAAUUAUCUAGGAACCAGUUUAUCUGAUAGUGGAAUAAUGUCAAGCCUGUCGUCAGUGGCUACAGUAGCUAGCAGUAUAUAUGCCUCUACAACGGGUAAUCAACAUCAUCAACCGGUCUCGUCUAAUUCAUCUAACCCCAGUGCUUCUCCUCGACCAACUAUACUCAGAAAACGUACCAGUGAAAAUGUGAAUAGUGUGAAGAGAUCUUUAGCUUUAAUGCCUGAUAAUCAUAGUCCGCGACCAGAAACCUCGUCUAGCCAACCACAAUCAAAUACAAGUUCACCUAAAACACCAGCAGGAGAGAAUAGUCAGUCAUCAACGGAUACAGCCCUUUCAUCAAAUGAUGCAGCAACUCCAACACAAAAUUCAGUUCCAGAUAUACGUGUUAAACAAGAACCUGGGGAAGUUCUAGAAAAUGGUUUAGCUGUGUUAACUAGUGUUAUAGCAUCUCAAGCUCCCAGUAGUAUGUCCUGUAAUUCAGUCGAAGCUUCUCCCAGGAAAAAACCUAGAAAACAGCUUUUACAUGCUAACGAAGAAUUAAAAGAUAAUACAUCAUCAGAUGAUGAAGUUGAAUGUUUAACUGAGAUUAAAAAAGAAAAAUUACCCAAAUUUAGAGAAGAAAAAACAGAUUUUGUAGAUGAAGAUGGAGUCCGAUGGACGACAGACCGGUGUAAACCAAAUAUUUCUUUACUCAACUUUUAUAAUAUUACGUGGAAAGCCAGAAAUAAUCAUUUUCAAAAAGCAACUGAUGUCAAACAAAAAGAGGAGAGAAGAUUAACGGUGAAUGAACUAUCCAAUCAAAAAGGUAUAUUACAGAAAUCUAGCGGAUGGAAGUUAUAUCAUAUGGCAGCUCAGUUAGAAGAUCUGGUGGAGUUGGAGAAAGAAUUAUGUGAUAGAGUGAGUAAAUUUCAACAAAUAUUUGAACCCAAAUUUACAAGUAAUAAACUAGAAGAGGAAUAUAAUAUACCUUAUGAAAUGGCACAAGCAAAUAUCCAGCGAUGCCAGUUAUUGGUUGAUCAAUUAACGGAAGCCAAGUCAGCCAUGUUAAAAGUAUUAGAUCAUAAACCAAAAAUACAAGAAAUCGUCAACAAACACAUGAGCAAACGACCGAUCAAAAAGAAAGAAAGAGCGUAGCAUAGAAUAUCGGCAAUAUUUUAUGCAAAUUCAUUUUGUAAUUAUAAUGCAUAUUCAUUUUUUUCAUAGAAUUCAUUCAUAAUUAUUUAACUUUUUAUUUGACUUUAUAUGGUCAAAAAGUGCUUUAUUCAUUUCAGUAAUUUAUUCUCAUUCUCGUGAUUUUAUAGUUGUUGAAUUAAGGGCAAAACCAUUCUCGGAAAUAUUGUCUUCUUACUAUAUAUUCUCUGGAACAUUGUCAUUUCAUGAAGAGUAAUGAAGUAACCAAAUAGGUUUUCUAACUAUUUUCUGGAACUCUGAAAUCUUAUUGUUUCAUGGAGAGUAAUUAGUGAACCAAGUAGUUUUUUCUCACAAUUUUCUGGAAUUCUGGAACGUUGUCAUUUCUCUGAAUUUAAUGAGGGAACCAAAUAGUUGCAGAGCUUUGAAAAACAAAAUAUACCUAGCACUGCUGUAAAGGGCAAAAAAAAAAAGAAGGAAAAAACCUAACAGAGACAGAAUUCUAUUUAAUCGAAAAAUGAAACAUUCCUCCUGUUACAGAUGCCUACACUGACUCAAAUGGCAAACCAUACUAAUAUGUCUUCCAUGUUCAAAAAUCUUUCUCAAAUUCAUCGUUGUCCUCUUGUCAAUCUGAUAAAAAAUACAGAUCUAUAUUUCAUUUCGUUUUAAUUCUACUUUCGAUGGCCUACACUACAUGAAGAUCUGACCAGUUGUAAUGGUAGGUCGCGUCAGAGGUCAUACGAUUGUUGAUGUUUCUAGUGGGUUGCCCACAGUUCCAUGCAAUUCAUGCCAAAAACUCGCCAUAACAGACCGUUUCAUUGGUUAAUCCCUCGCAUCAUCCAAAACAUGGGUUGUAUAACACGCCAAGAACUGGCUGCAACAGACUGUUUCAUCAACUAAUCCCUCACAUCAACUAAAACACAGGUUAUAUAACAAUUUUUCCAGAUCCUAGUGUAGUAAAGACAAGUAGUAAAGACAAGUAAAACAAAAUUUUGAACUAUAAAAACGAAACGCAAUAGGAUUUGUGUUUUAAUCAGUUUGUCCUCUUGUAUUUCAUUAAAAGGAUAAUUAUGUUAGUCUAACAAUCUGAUAAAAACACGAUCCUAUUUCGCUUCGUUUUUUAUAGUUCAAAAUUUCGUUUUACUUGUCUAGGAUCUGGAAGAGUUGUUAUAUAACCCACGUUCUGGUUGAAGUGAGUGAUUAGCCAAUGAAAUGGUCUGUUACAGCGAGUUUUUGGCGUGCGAUGCACAGAACUGUGGGUAAAUCACUAGAAACAUCAACACUGAUUGAUUAAUCAAUGUCUUAAUGUCAAAGGGUCAAAAGCCGCUCGUACAACCCCUAACACAACCUUCGAGUACAACUUGUCAGAUCUUCAUGUAGUGUAAGCCAUCGAAAGUAUAAAAAACGAAAUAUAGAUCUGUAUUUUUAUCAGAUUGACACCAGAAAUAUGUAGAUUUGUUUAUGUAUCCUGGUAGCAGCACUAAGUUUUUAUUCAAUCGCAAAACUGUGAAUUAUAAACAUUAAUUGAUGAAUGCUGGCAUCAAAUACAUAUGACAUGUAUAAGAUAUGUUCUCCACGGAUUUUCCAUGUUAUUAUUAAUAUACUGAAAGGCUGGAAAUAACAAAUCACCUUGCUUGAUCCAAAGGGUUUUUCCCAACUAGAAUUAAUUUUCAUUACUGUGAAAGUCUUUAGUGAUAAUUAGGUUUGAAUGACUUAGGUACAGGUUUGAAUGACUUGACUACAGGUUUGAAUGACUUGACUACAGGUUUGAAUGACUUGACUACAAGUUUGAAUGACUUAAAAUACAAGUUUGAAUGACUUAAAAUACAAGUUUGAAUGACUUAAAAUACAAGUUUAAAUGACUUAAAAUACAAGUUUGAAUUAUUUGACUACAAGUUAGAAUAACUUGACUAUGGCGUGACUACAUGUUUGAAUGACUUGGCUAUACGUUUGAAUGACUUAAAUACAGAUUUGAAUGAUUUUACUAAAGAUUUGAAUGACUUUACUACAAGUUUGAGUGAAUAUACUACAUGUUUGAAUGACUUACUCAAGGUUUGAAUGACUUAACUACAACAUUUAAUGACUUUACUACAAGUUUGAAUGACUACUACCAUGAUGAAUGAUUUUACAUUAUGUUUUAAUGACUUUACAACAAGUUUUAAUAAUAAUAAUAAUAAUCCUCUAUUUAUAUAGUGCAAUAAUACUUAAACAGAAGUUUCUAUUGCACUUUAACAACUUGACUACAAGUUUUAAGGAAUGAACUAAAUGUUUCAAUGAAUGAACUACGGUUUUGAAUGACUUUACUACAGGGUAAAAAGCAAGACCUUGAAUGGUUGAUUGAAGACUUUUAUUAUCCAACGAACCUGUGACCACGACCAAUCUUGGUUAUUUGUUAUUUCAAGCCUUUUAGUUUUCCUAUUACAAAGCGUUUGUGGUAUGAAGGAAACACAGUCUCUAGACCGGUGCACAUGUAACUGGAUGCUGUGAUUACAUGGAUAUAUGCUCAAGAGAUUCCCUUUAACUCGUCUAUAUCAGAUAUUAUAAAGCAUGAAAUUUAUGGUGUGACAAGCAGGCCUGGAAAUAACGGUUUUAGAUGUACCUGACAAAAUAUCAGGCAUUAAUGAAAUAGUACCGGACAUUUUCAACUUAGUGCCAGACAUGUAUUAAUAUCAAUAAAAAAGACAAAUCAGUGCAGGACAAAAUGACAGGCACCAGAGGUUUCGUGCCUGACAAAACCUGAAUCUGUGCCUGACAUUGUCUGUGACAGGUGCCUUAUUUCCAGGCUUGGUAACAAGUACUGGACUGUUUAACAUAUAGGCAAUCGAAUAUAAAUGCUGAUUAAAGGAACACCAGGCUGUUGGGGUAAUUUUAAGAGCUCAAAUUUUUCUUGAUUAUUUGAAAAAAAAAGCACUCUGAAUACAACAGCUUAUGGUUACAGAGCAAUGCCCUGAUCCGGCAUUCCUAUAACUCGAUAUUGGUAUUCCAAUGAGAUUUUUUGUCAGUCUUCUGUUCCAUGUUAAAAUAAUCCUUGCGUGGUCAUUGUGUUUUUAAUGUCAAAAUAAUAUUAUUUAUUAUUAUAAAGGUCCCGUGUACCAAAUAUAGGCAUCAAACUUUGAUGUUAUUAAUAAUAUAAAUGAAGUUGGCAAUAAAUAUGUACUGAAUAUAAACUAUUAUAAUUCCACAAUAUUCACAUUUAUAACCAAUGAAUUUAAAAUUAAGAAAAUUAAAACUUAGCCGAAAUAUGAGUGUUGUAUAGGUCACUAAAUGUUAAAUUAAAAACACCACAAAUUAUAUUUAGAUUGAAACAUAACAGACAGUCAAAUUAUAGGCAUAAAAAGGUUUUUAGAUUUGAGCUGAGUUGAUAAAAUGCUUGGACUGCAACUGCCAUAUGCAAUCGGAUUAGAAUACAGAUCUAUAUUUCGUUAACUUUUGAUGGCUGCCACUCCUGGUGCAGUGAAGGCAAGUAAAGUUGAUAAAAUGCUUGGACUGCAACUGCCAUAUGCAAUCGGAUUAAAAUAGAGAUCCUGGUGCAGUGAAGGCAAGUAAAAUAAAAUUUUGAACUAUUAUAAAACAAAAUGAAACUGGAUCUUUGUUAUAAGCUGUUAUUUUUUUUCAGAAAAGCCUUGUUUUAAGUUUAAAUAAAUUUUUUGAUUAUGAUGAAAUACACCUAUUAUAUGUUUCACUAUUAGAAGAUUAUGCACAAAUGAAUUAAUUAUUCGAUUAGAUGUAAGAUAUUUAAGGAAUCUGUUAUUUUUGUGUGUUUUAUACAAUGUGUAAAUAUACAAUAUAAUAUAAUGUUCAUAAUGUAAAAUUAGAAUGUACAUAAUAUAUGUUUUAACAUAGAAACAUUGUAAAUAUACUAAUUACUUAUUAUAUACACCUGUUUAGUUGUAGGGGGUCAAGGAGGCUAAGUGGGUAAGACGCUGGCUCGCUAGCCUGGAGGUUAGCUGUUCGGCCCCUGCAUCGGCCCGGAAAGUACAUCAGUAUAUUCCUCCUUAUGGUUCCCCCUUGUCAUUGAUGCAGGACGAAGGGCCUGACAAGGACAGCUGUCUAGUCGUUCGGAUGGGACGGAAAACUGAGGUCCCGUGUACACAUUGGUGUUCACAUAAAAGAUCCCUUGACAGUUGGAAUUCGAUAUAAGAGUAGACCGUGGUGUACCCCUUGUAUGGCGUAUGCCUGUCUUCAUUAGCCCAGUUCGAAGCAGAACAGUAGGACGUUAAACCCCAUUUCAUUUUGUUUAUGUGUAUAUUGUCAAUGUUUUCAAUCUCUUCUGGAUCACCCUCGUACACUUAAAACCUACUACGCACCCCUUUGUAAUUUGAUGGAAAUGAUAUAAAUAUGUGUAUAAUUAUUUUAUAUGCCUUCUUGUAAACUAUACACAUGUGCUUUCGUUGACACGGAUGUCAAAGCUGUCAUUUUCAGUUAAGGAUGUUCUUGAAAUUGUGUUAAAAUACAGAUGUGACGUCAUCUGUUGAUGUUGGCGUACCAUUAUUUCAAAUAACGGUAUGGGCAAUGUGCCAAGUGAUAUUAUUUAUACUAGUUAAAAUUUUGGACCUGCGUGACAUAUUUCAUUGCAAAGUACACGUGCGAGUGUCUGUAUUUUAAGUUGUUUAAUGGUCUCGAACUUCAGAUAUUGCGUAACAACACUUAUACAGUUCAAUAUAUUAAUGUCUCGCUCUUGACCCUUAAACCAUACGUAUAUACUGGAUAGUGUCUGUAUUUUAAGUUGUUUAAUUAUCCCGAGCUUAAGACAUUGCAUAAUAUAUUGAAACAACACUCAUUCAGUAUCAAUAUAUUACUUAAUGUCUUCCGCUCGACCAUUAAACCAUAAACCAUACUUAAAGAAUAUAUCUAAAUUAUGGAAGGAAUUAACUUUCUUUGUUAACUAAUUAAUUGGUGAGAUGCACUUACACGGAUAAUUCUAAUCGAUGACCUGUUUCUUCACUGUGAAAUCCUUUUGGCACCUUCCUAUAUUUAAAGUCUUUGAACAUCAUUUGACGGAUUGUAAAUCCUUUGCAAACUAUAAUAUUUUAAAGUUGAAUCUCUAAAUGGAAAACCAGUCCAAAAAUAGUUCAAUUGAAUUCAUUAGUAGUCAACAGAAGCCAGUGCCACCUACGGUUAAAAAAUCAAUUUGAAUUAAAUGUUAUAUAAUCAGUUGGAGUACAUUUAGCAUUGAAUAAGUGGUGUGAUUUUUGACCUAUUUUUCUGAAAAGUGUAUAUGACAGAGAUUUCAAGACAUUAAUUAAUACAUUCAUGAAAGUUCAUUAAAGGAAUAUGUCCAAUUUAUGUUUUGUGCGUUAGUUCCCUUCAUCAUUAGCAAAGUAAUCUUUCAGAGAGAGGCGAUUCUGUUAAUCAGUGGUCUGCUUCCACAGUUAAUUUGUUAUUAAUAGUGGUCUGAUUAACAGAUUGAACUAUACUGUGGCAUUAGUGUGUUGUAUAAAACUAUAGAUAGUGUAUAUAAUAGUAUAUGUAUGUCGAUAGAAUUGUAUAAUAUAAGUGUAGGAUAUUUCUACACAGCAUUAAAACUACAAAUAUUA